CUUUUCCCUGUCGCGACUCGACGGGGAAGUUCUUCUCCCGGCUCCCAAGGGCGCCGCCGCCGCCGCCAGCCCAGACACCGCCGGAAGGGGGACGGGCGCUGGGGAGAUGCGGCCGGGCGCAGCGCAGUGAUUAGAGCGCGGGACCCCGGGGACGUCGCGCUUGUCCGCCGCCGCCAGCUCUGCUUACGGCUACCACCGGAGUAAGAGCCGCUGCUGCAGCAAAGCCCAUGGACGGGAAGUUCCUGCUCGCCGCCGCCGCCGUCCUCCUCCUCUAGCUGCGCCUGGGGAUCCCGCACCGCCUCCGCCUCUCCCCCGCUUUGCCUUUGUCUGCGGUGCUAUGAGGAGGUCUACAAUGAUAAAUGGACUUAUGAUUAUUCCCGUACUAGUGAUUGCAUUUUUUCCUUCACCCAGCAUGGAAGAUGAUGAGCUAAAGCUAAUGACCGACUAUGAAUGUGUGUGUGAAGGCAUGUCAUGUGGGAAUGGAGUCCGCUGCAGAGGCCAUCAGUGCUUUGCCUCCUUGAGCAUCAAUAACGGUGCUAAAGUGUACCAAAAAGGUUGCUUCCGAGUCUACGAACAAGGGAAAAUGACUUGCAAAACCCCUCCGUCCUCCGAUCAAGCAGUGGAAUGCUGUCAAGGAGACCUGUGCAACAUGAACAUCACAGCACAGCUGCCCACAAAAGGGCAUCCACUGCAAGGGGAAGCAGUGGGUUACACCAUGGAAACCCUUAUCAUUCUCAUCCUGGCAGUGGUUAUGGUGCUGAUAAUCUUUUCUGCGCUGGGAGUGCUGAUCAUCCGGAAAGUACAGCAGCGCUAUAUGGAAAGGCUCAAUUCGAGGGAUGCAGAAUACGGGACAAUUGAGGGGCUCAUAGCCUCGAAUGUUGGUGACAGCACACUGGCAGACUUGUUGGACCAUUCCUGUACAUCCGGAAGUGGCUCUGGUCUUCCUUUCCUGGUACAAAGAACUGUGGCACGCCAGAUUACACUACUGGAGUGUGUAGGGAAAGGCCGAUAUGGAGAGGUCUGGAGAGGACAAUGGCAAGGCGAAAAUGUUGCAGUCAAGAUCUUUUCUUCCCGAGACGAAAAGUCCUGGUUCAGGGAAACUGAAUUAUACAAUACUGUGUUGCUGAGGCAUGAAAACAUUUUAGGCUUUAUUGCCUCGGAUAUGACCUCUCGCAAUUCCAGCACGCAGCUGUGGCUCAUCACACACUACCAUGAGAUGGGCUCUCUAUAUGACUAUCUACAGCUCACCACCCUGGACACAGUGAGCUGCCUGCGAAUAGUCCUGUCCAUAGCUAGUGGCCUUGCACAUUUGCACAUAGAAAUAUUUGGAACUCAAGGGAAGCCUGCCAUUGCUCAUCGAGACCUGAAGAGCAAAAAUAUCUUGGUUAAGAAAAAUGGGCAGUGUUGCAUAGCGGAUCUUGGCCUUGCAGUCAUGCAUUCCCAAAGCACCAAUCAACUGGAUGUGGGGAACAACCCCCGUGUGGGUACCAAGCGCUACAUGGCCCCGGAAGUCCUAGAUGAAACCAUCCAAGUGGACUGCUUUGACUCAUACAAAAGGGUCGACAUUUGGGCGUUUGGACUGGUCCUUUGGGAAGUAGCCAGGCGGAUGGUUAGCAAUGGUAUUGUUGAAGAUUACAAGCCGCCAUUUUAUGAUGUUGUUCCUAAUGACCCUAGUUUUGAAGAUAUGAGAAAAGUUGUCUGUGUGGAUCAGCAAAGGCCAAACAUUCCCAACAGAUGGUUUUCAGACCCUACGUUAACCUCCCUUGCCAAGCUGAUGAAAGAAUGCUGGUAUCAUAAUCCAUCGGCACGAUUAACAGCACUGCGUAUCAAAAAGACCUUGACCAAAAUUGAUAAUUCCUUAGAGAAGCUGAAAGCUGACUGUUGAUAACAGCACAAGACAGAAAGGCUUUUGUGCAGCGUGGAAGUACAGCCUGAUGAAUUCUAGACUUCAGUCCCAAGCGGCUCCGUACAUAGGCAACAUUGUUUACCUAAACAGCCACUUGAGAGGACCACAUGAGCCUUAAGUGGUGACUGUCCACGGCAUUUUGCAAAUGGUCAAUCUAUCAAGACUUAAUGCUGGAUCUAUGGUGGCCUAUGGAAGGAAGACAGGUCUUAAGACAAAAUUGGGGCAUUAAAACCAUGGCUUUUAAUUGCUUUUUUAUUCCAGAAAAAGAAACAAAAAGUAAAGUGUCUCCUUGUUGCUCCCAAGUGAAACACAUGGACGUGGUCAAUUCUAAUCAGCAACAUUGCCUGCGCUUCUCUUCUUUAUUGCACUAGGGGGUUAUUUGCAUUCCUUACUUGCACUGUUACUGUUUAAUUUUAAAGACGUGACUUGCCAAAAAUAUAAUUGGCUUUGUACUGAUUGAUCUGUGUUUUUGAAUUUUAGGAAAUCAGUUUGGAAAUUUGAAGCUGUAACUGACUUUCUCUUUUUUAUUUUUAUUAUUAUUAUUAUUAUUAAGCUGCAUUUUACAUAUGUGUACUGUUUACAAUAAUGCUGGACACGAGGAAUUAUUGUUUAUAAGGAAACAUGCAGAUUUUAUUUAUUUCUAGUGCACUUAACAGUUUUUUAAAAACUGAGGAAAGUGCGUAUAGUUAAAGCUUAUUUUUAUGUGGCUUUUAUCAUUAUUUCUUACAGAAUUUUUUUUGUAACAUGGUAUAACCAGAUGCAGUUCCCACUUCUCUCUUCUCCCUCCCAUAUUAUCAAGUAGACAUUUUAAUCACCUUUUUAAGUGCUUCACAUUUUAUAUGCGUGUGGUCUGUAACCUAUAUUUUCAGUUCAAAAUAUGCAGAACAUUUAUAUAUAAAUAUUAUAUAUAUAUAUAUCUAAAUAUAAAGCCAUUACCCAAAUGAUGCCACAUCUAGUACCUUAUUGAUCUAGAGGAGGGGAGCAGCAGAGGAAAUUGGUAGAAUUGUAGGUCAUGGAUCUCAAGGGAAAGUGCAUUUCUCUUCUAAGCUAUACACAGCAUGCAUUUAAACUGCCGGGGUGGGGGGAGUUAUUUUUUUAAUUUACUUUUUUAUAUUUAGCAGUUAUUUGUAUAAACAAAAUAGACUAUUUUCAAGUCAAAUGGCGGAAAGCGUUUCCCAAGUCUGUGUCAGUGCCUCCUACGGCUUCUAGGAAAUGCCGUACAGUUUUGCAUCACCAGCAGAUCAUCCACUUCUGACUCCCACCCUGUGCUAUGUUUGCAAAUCGGAUAUAAUUCCAACAGACCCACCUGGUGGAUGGGCAUCUCUGAGGAGCACCAGAGCGGUCCCUUGUGUGGGUGGUGCUGACAUCGGGCAUCCAUGCCGGAGCUGCAGAGACGUGAAGUGAUUAUGUAUGGACAAAUCAGAUCAUGUCGUUCUGACCAUGCUGUUAUUUUUUAAAAGUUUUUUUGGUUUUUAAAUCUUGUGUUUCCUUAGUAAAGAGUUCUGAUCCCAGUGCCUUGCCUUGCCUUAUGCUACAUAAGCUGUUCUACUCAUGGAGCCCUCAUAGGAAAAGCUAGAGACGCUGAAUGUAACAGUGGUUGACCUAUAACCAUUAAACCAGCACAGUGCCACAAGCCUGACCAGAAGGAGGCUGAAGGAAUUUAGUUUCAGAAUCUUUUAGACCAGACUCAGCUAUUUUAACUUCUUUUUCACCCCAUUCUCUCUGUCUUGUGUGCUUUAACAGCCCUUUUGGAAAGAGUGUGCAAGAGCUUUGGUUGGUACAGUUGCUGUGCUCUGUGAAAUGAUUCUGCCGUUGUCACUGGAUGAAGAAAAUAUUGUCCCUUAUCUGAGAUCGGGUAGGUCUGCCAUCAUUUGCCAUAGUGAAGUUCAUACAAUAUAUGAUCUGUUCGCACCUCCCUGGAUAUUCAAAUGUUACCUUUGCAGUGUGAAAUCUUGCCAUGUGGAUACCAAGCCUCAAGAGGCAACUCUUGAAUCGAUUGCAUAUUGGAACAGUCCCUUGCCCCCAAAAUUUUGCAUGUAGAAAGCUAGCCAAACCACCCCUUCCUGUAUGCUGGUUUCCAUGUGCAGAGAGACUUUUUCAGGGGAAUAUUUGGUCAAGCAAGCCUUGGGAGGGGUUGGUAUCUUUUCUGUGAUAUAUAGGACACUUGGGCAACUUUGGUGUGAGGAAGAAAAGGUAACAUGGAAAGGAGUCCGCAGAAAACAUAUUCCAUUAUAUUACUUCCAAUACACGCACAUUUUGAAGACUAAAUUGCUUAUUUCAAUACGCAAUGAAUUUCUCCUAAGAAUUUCUUCCAGAGGUUUCUUUUUGUUUGCUGACCAGCUCAAAGUGUGUUUAUAAUAAAUGAUCUUAUACAUGAA